UGGCCAGGUUUCAUCGUGUUCUGGGAUCUGACCUUGUAAAUCAGAAUGAUUUAGAUACUUGAAAAUAUCAAAGUGUGGGUAUUGUGACAUAAUAAAGCAAAGGUGAAGGAAAAGUGUGCGUUUGUUUAAUUUAAUUAAGAGUUUUUUUUUACAUGUAAUGAGUAGUGUACAUGAAAAUUCGUGGUCUUGGAUAGAGUAUUUGGUGGAAACGAUCAAUAAGCUUACCAAUGACUUAGUAGGCUCAACAACAUUUGAGUUAUCUUUUCAUCCGAUCAACAACAUAAUUAACGAUGAACUUCAGCAAAAAUUAUCCGAUUUUUUUCACGAGCUUAUCGACCUGGUAGCAUUUGACGAUUUUCAGUUACAAUUAUUGAAAGUCUUCUUGUUUACAUUCGUUAGUACCGUAGCUCUGAUUUUCAUCGCUUGGUAUAUUUACGGUCCAAGAAUUUCCGAACAAUUUAUGAAACCAAGUAAGAAAAUUAACAUUCUGAUGCGUAUAUGUACAUAUUUGCAUUAUUUUGUUGUAAUGUAGAAUUAAAUAUAUAGGUACUUUGCGUGUUUAUGAUAUGUAAUUUGAAACAUAUUUUACAAUGACUGUGCAAUAUAUGUAUGUAUUUGUACGUUUAUUUUUAUGCCGUUGCUUUAAAUCACGUAAUAAUAAAAGCAUUUUAUUAUUAGCAUUUCAUUUAAAUUUCUGUCAUUAAUUUUGUGAAUUUUGUUUUGCUUUUGAUCCUGCAAUAACAUACUUGUUUAGACAAUGGUCUUUUAGAUUAAGCAUGAUUUUUGUGCAUUUAAACCAGAAAAUUUUGAAAACUAUAUUAUAUUUGCAAUUACUUUGUGACCUAGCCAAAUUCAACAAGAAAAACUGGAACAAAAAAAAAGACCCUGAUGUGCUAUUACAGGAUUGAAAAAUCUACUUAUUUCUGCUAAAAAAUUAAGCUAAUAAAUUAUUAUAUUUGGAUACUUAAAACUGUAAUAAGAAAUAUAAUUUAUGUUACAGACUCUUUAUCAGAGGAUUUUGAUGGUUCAUCUGACGAAUAA